AUGGGUAUGGGUAUUCGACUAAAUGGAAUUACAAAUGUCCCAAAUGAACUGCAAAAGCAUGCAGAUUAUUUGCAUUUUUACAGAAGAGAUGAAAUGGGCGAACAAAAACACGAUAGAGAAAAAGAAAAUGGAGUAGAAGAUUUGGCAUUAACAGCAAAAGUGACAAAAACGAAGAUUUGGACCAUGACGCACUCUCCCGUGAAAACCGCCUGUUUGAUUACUGACGCUACUACUGACGCGCGUGCUCGACGCUUGAAGAAACGCCAAACACGGAAUCGACUAACUAAGAAAAACGAUCUUCUUCGCGUAGCAACACAAUUUGUCUACGAGUUAUCAAACGUGCGCAAAGGAACUGAAAUCGAUGAACACGCCGGAAACGUGAAACUUUGUCGAAAAAAAGUUGUAAAUAUAAAUGAAAAUGAAGGAAAAGUUGAUGAAUUCCUGAAAUCAAACGAAUCAGCGAUUGGGAAAGUAAUUAUAUCUGUAAUGGAAGCAUUAUUAUCAACGUUAAUUAUUAGCAAUGAAUGGUAA